ACCCAGGCAGCGAGCCCGGAGUUAGUGUUCUUGAAGCCGACUUCCUAAGGGAGUCACGCUCAGGACAGCAGGCUUCAUGGCGGCGCGACCGGUGUCCCGGAUGCUGCUGCGGGUCUUGAGGUCCAGCGUCCGGAGCUGCAGCUCAGGGGCUCCAGUGAUGCAACCCUGUCCCGGGGAGUCCUCCCAGUCUGCCACGGAGGAGCUGUCCAGGCGGAGGCAGUUCCUGAGGGAGCACCCGGCCCCCUUCUCUGCCUUCCUCACUGACAGCUUCGGCAGGCAACACAGCUACCUGCGGAUCUCCCUCACAGAGAAGUGCAACCUCAGAUGUCAGUACUGCAUGCCCGAGGAGGGUGUCCCACUGACCCCCAAGGCUGACCUGCUGACCACAGAAGAGAUCCUGACCCUGGCACGUCUCUUUGUGAAAGAAGGCGUAGAUAAGAUCCGGCUUACAGGUGGAGAGCCUCUCAUCCGGCCGGAUGUGGUGGAUAUCGUGGCCCAGCUCCACCAACUGCAGGGGCUGAGGACCAUUGGCGUCACCACCAACGGCAUCAACUUAGCCCGGCUACUACCUCAGCUUCAGAAAGCUGGUCUCGGUGCCAUCAACAUCAGCCUCGACACACUGGUACCAGCCAAGUUUGAGUUCAUCGUCCGCAGGAAAGGCUUCCACAAGGUCAUGGAGGGCAUCCACAAGGCCAUCGACCUGGGCUACAGCCCUGUGAAGAUUAACUGUGUGGUGAUGCGAGGCCUGAACGAGGACGAGCUCCUGGACUUUGUGGCCCUGACUGAGGGCCUCCCCCUGGACGUGCGCUUCAUAGAGUACAUGCCCUUUGAUGGCAACAAGUGGAACUUUAAAAAGAUGGUCAGCUACAAGGAGAUGCUCGAUACUCUCCAGCAGCAAUGGCCAGAGCUGGAGAAGCUGCCCGAGGAGGAAUCCAGCACAGCCAAGACCUUUAAAAUCCCUGGCUUCCGAGGCCACAUCAGCUUCAUCACAUCCAUGUCUGAGCAUUUCUGUGGGACCUGCAACCGGCUGCGAAUCACAGCUGAUGGGAACCUCAAGGUUUGCCUCUUUGGGAGCUCAGAGGUAUCUCUGCGGGAUCACUUGCGGGCAGGUGCCUCUGAGGAGGAGCUGCUGAGAAUCAUCGGGGCUGCCGUGGGCAGGAAGAAGCGGCAGCAUGCUGGCAUGUUCAAUAUUUCCCAGAUGAAGAACCGGCCCAUGAUCCUCAUCGAGUUAUUUUUGAUACUCCAGGAUUCUCCACCAGCCAUUCCAAGCAUUUCCUCCAGGGACCCCAUCCAUGUUCAGGGUCUGAGACACAGAAUGUGUUUCUCCAACCAUAUGCCAACUUUGUGGAAAGGAUGCUGGGUCUCCAAGAGCCCUCGCCUUGCCCCGCAGCAGCUGGGGUCUGGCUCCCUUCAGAGACACUACAGUUCCCACCCAGACACAGAUACCAACCCAGAGUGCCUUAGCCCCAUGUCCCAGGCUCGUGCCACCCACUCAGGACCCCUGCCAACAUCGGACCGAUUAACCCACGUGGACACAGAAGGACGGGCAACUAUGGUAGAUGUGGGUGGUAAGCCAGAUACUGAGCGGGUGGCUGUGGCCUCCGCCACAGUCCUCCUGGGGCCCGUGGCCUUCAAACUCGUCCAAGAGAACCAGCUAAAGAAAGGAGAUGCCCUGGUGGUGGCUCAGCUGGCUGGAAUCCAGGCAGCCAAGCUGACCAGCCAGCUGAUUCCUCUGUGUCACCACGUGGCCCUGAGCCAUGUCCAGGUGCAGCUGCAGCUGGACAGCACACGCCAUGCUGUGGUGAUUCAGGCGUCUUGCCGGGCUCAGGGCCCCACUGGGGUAGAGAUGGAGGCUCUGACCUCAGCUGCUGUGGCCUCCCUCACCCUGUAUGACAUGUGCAAGGCUGUCAGCAGGGACAUCGUGUUGGGGGAGAUCAAACUCAUUAGCAAGACUGGGGGUCAGCGGGGCGAUUUCCAUCGGACUUAGACCUCCUGCCCCCGCUCACCCAUGGCCCAGCCAGUUCAAGAAAUGGGAUACAAUUUGGGCCAAGGGAAAGAUGUCAGGUUUCUUUAACCCUGUCACUGUUUACCUUCACCCAAGGUCACCCAAGAAACCCAAGGUCACCCAAGGAACCCAAGGUCAGCCCACUCCCUUACUACUAGGUGACCUAUGAUGACCUGCGAGGCUUCCUUUAUUCAGAGGAAACCAGCAGGCCCUUCAGCCUUCCUGGACACUAAAGUCAUGGGAGGCGGUCACAACAAGCAGUGCUAGAUAACCGAAAAAUCACACUGUUUUUGUGGACUAUUUCAGACAGUCCAGCCCAUAACUUCCACUUCUCACUUUGGAUUUUCUCUUCUGCUGCUUCCCUGGGGACAAAAUAAGGGCUUACAAAGCAGAGGAACCCACUUUGAGGGGGAGAAGCACAGCUUGCACUAAGAAUGUACAACAACUUCUCUUCAGCAGCUUUGCCUGCCCAAGUCUGUGGAAUCCUAGCCCUGCCCGGUCCCUGUCUGACAUCCAUCCUCAGAAAGAGAGUCUCUGUCUCUUUAAAUUUGCAGGCUUUCUGUUUAACAGUUGUACCGUCCUGCCCACUCCCUUUCCUCGGUUCCCCUCGUUUAACAGCCCUGAGGACUCCUGCCUAAUCCCUAAUGCCACACCUGGCCCUGUGCAUGGCUGUUCCACCCACUACCAACACCCCUUUAUUCUGGAAUAUAUCAGGGAAAGAAGGGAGUUGAAGAUUGCCUUUGCCCUCACAGCGCACAAAAUAAAGCUGCAGUGCCAACUUUGGAGAUGCAA